AUGUCAAUUGUCAGGAUUUUAAGGUGCUUGAGGUUAAUUCACGCUUGCGGCCUACGAAUUCAAAUAUUAGCAAUGUCUGCAUCACUAAAGUUCAUAACAAUCUUCUUAACAGUUCUAAGCGCCUAUCUGUUUAUAUCAUUCCAUCUUUUUGAAGCUGUUUACAAAGCACAACCAACGGUUAUAGAUGAACUGUUCCAUAUACCGCAGGGAAUUGCCUAUUGCGAGAGGAAUUUCUCUUAUUGGGACCCAAAGAUCACCACACUGCCAGGUCUAUACCUUGUAUCGUCUAUUAUAUCGGUUCUAAACCUAGACUGUAAUACGUAUUAUCUAAGACUUGUCAACUUGAUAGCGUCAUGUGUAAACCUUAUAAUUUUCGCAUUUUUGCUAAAAUUUAUAUACGGCAGCAACACUGGUAGCCAAUUAAAAGUGGUGAUGCAAUCUCUUAGCUUAGCGAUUUUACCUCCACUUUACUUUUUCUCAUUCGUUUACUAUACUGAUACAUUAUCUUUGCUAGUUCUACUAAUUUUCACGAUCACAUCCGUAGUUAUAAAGAGCAAGUGGCUUGUCUUUGUAUUCGGAGUGCUAUCGGUUUUAAUGAGACAGACAAAUGUUGUAUGGAUCGCUAUGGUUCUUGGACAUAAAGUACUCGGGUUGCUUCUGAGAAGCUCCAGAGUAUACGGUAACACUUAUUUAAACAAACAUGCCAAUCGCCGAAGUAUUAUCGCUAGUAACAUUGAUUCAUCUAAAUUAAAAGGGUACUACAAUUUGAACGAUGUGGUAAUUGCUUUAAAAUACCACUUAUCAACAUUUUUCACUACUGUAUUUAAAUUUCUCACUGUAUCUGACUUUAUUAUAAUCAUCCAACAAGUAUUAGUAUUGCUAGGUUUCGUUACUUUUGUUUAUGUAAAUGGUUCUAUUGUCGUCGGAGAUAAAACAGCACAUCAGGCAACGUUGCAUUUACCACAAUUACUGUACUUCCUGCUGUUCUACGGCAUUUUUGGGUUGCCAUAUGUGCUUGGUAGGUUGCCAUCUACCGUUAAAUUGAUUUUCAGAAAUAAGCUGCAGGUUAUUUUCUUAGCUUUCCUAUUUACAGCUAUCGUUCACUUCAAUACUUUGGUUCAUCCAUAUUUGCUGGCCGAUAACCGACAUUACACAUUCUAUGUUUGGAACCGUUGGUUUGGAAAAUAUGAAUAUGCCAAAUAUGCAACCGUACCGGCUUAUAUCUUCCUACUGUUCAGUCUAUAUGAUAAUUUGAAGGAUCAAAAUUGUAUUAGUUUUCUGUUGCCGUACACAAUAAGUUUAUUUUUAACACUGGCAUUACAGAAGUUGGUUGAUGUGAGGUACUUUCUCGUACCUUACAUUAUAAUUCGUUUGAGAUUUGUUAAGUCCUCGUAUAAGGUUGUGUUCUUUGAACUGAUCUGGUAUUUGGGGAUUAAUUUUGCAACCUUCCAUUUGUUUUUCAAUAAAGACUUCAUGUGGAUGGAUUUUGAGGAGUCACAGCGAAUAAUAUGGUGA